AUGUUUAAUGCAACUGCAUUUCCUAUGUACUACAUUCUUUUAGUUGAUAAGGAUUUCAAAUGGUUGCAAGAUGAGGCAGAGAAAGAAGAAAGGUGCCGUGAGAGAGAAGAAGCUGAAAUGAAGAAUCAAUUGAAGAGGCAGCAAGAGGAAGCAGAGAAAAAUCAACGACGGCGAGAAAAGGAAGAAGCUGAAUUGAAGAAGCAAAUUGCUAUACAAAAGCAGGCUUCAAUGAUGGAACGUUUUCUUAAAAGUAAAAAGAAUAAUUCACGUAGCCAGCAUGAAAAAUCUUCAACAAAAGCAACUUCCUCUGAUUCUUCCAGGAAAAACGAUGAAAUUUUUAAUGCUGUUACAUUAUCUAUGGAUACGGUCUUAUCUUUGAAAGAUGGGAUGAGUACAGAUGAACUUUUUAAGUCACACCAGAGUUCUUGGCGCCAAUUGGGUCACGCUAGUCAUUCCAACAGAUUGCAGCAUUGGGGGAUCCGGCGUACGCCUAAGACUGUGUUGGUCAAGGAACUUAAGCUAACUUCUAACAAAGAAGUUGAGUGUGAUGAUCAGCUAGACAAGCUUGUUAAUGGGUGGGAAGAAACAGUCUCUUGUGACAGAUCCGGUCAUAAUAAUGCAGAUGUUCCUCUAACUGACAUCUGGAAACAUAAUAGAGCCAAGCAACUUUUGCAGUUUGACAAGAGCUUUAGGCCAGCAUUUUAUGGCAUCAGGCCGAAGAGAAGUCCUGCUGUUGGACCUCGUCACCCUUUUAUGAAAGACCCUGGUCUGGACUAUGAUAUUGACAGUGAUGAAGAAUGGGAAGAGGAGGAACCUGGAGAAAGCAUCUUGGAUUGUGAUAAUGACGAUGAAGAGGAAAGUGUAGAGGAAUGGAAUCAAACAUCUAAUGAUAAAGAUGGAAGUGACAAUGGAUUCCUUGUACCUGAUGGAUAUCUCUCAGAAAAUGAGGGAGUGCAACUUGACAGAAUGGAGUUUGAUAUGGUAGAUGAUGAAGCCAUAAGUUCACCAAGUUGUAAGCAAGAUUCCGAGAGUGAGGAAGUUAGAGCAUUUCUUCGAUUGAAGCAAUAUCUCCAUAAUUUGACUGAGAAUGCACUCCGGAAGAAUAAGCCAUUAAUCAUAUCAAAUUUAAUGCAUGAGAAGUCGACUUUGUUGGUGACUGAAGGUAUCUAUGAUAGUUCUAAACUUGAAGUUAUCUGUUUGCAUGCCCUAAGAAUGGAGGCUUUCCCUGGAGGCCCACCUAUAGAAAUUUCAAAGGAUAAAUUAGGUAUAGAUGAUGAUGUUUCCGCGACACAGAGCAAGAACACCAUUUGA